AUGGCAAGCGUCGGUCCAAACGACGCGAGGGGUGUGUUACAUGCACUCCGUGACCACACCGCUUGCAUUGAGAUGAACACUCAGCUUCGACAGCUUUGUGAAAGCCUCCUCGGGGUUAUCGAGCAAGUUAUAGCCGAUCUACAGAUGAACCCCGAGAUCAAGAACUCGUUGAGUAAACAUGGUCUGAGACCGCGCGUGUUCAACAUUCAUCAACAUAAUGUAUGCAUGCCACGGGACCAAGAAUUUGUUCCGACUGGGCCUCAGUCCGGUGGUAUGCCUCCUUAUCUGCCCGAAGAAUCUACCACAAGCCGUCUGCCGUUACAGAACCUGCUGCCGACGCUAGACUUCAAUAGUCAUAGCUUUAUUGAGUCGUCAACAGGUGCUUUGAAUCCGGGUAACCUGUCUCGAGUUGUCCCACCAAAUGAUUCCAUGAAUAAUAGAGUGGGCCCUGGACCUGGUAGAAAUGAUGGCUCUAGCUCCUUAGAGCACCUCAUUCGGACCGGCAAUCUUUCUGAAGACCAGAUCCAGCAUAUUUUGUCUAUUUAUCAGCCAAAAUGA